GCGGCAGCGGGCGGGCCCGGCCGGGCCCUGGGCCGCCCCGUGGGCCGCCAUGGCCUCCCGCCUGCUGCAUCGCCUGCGCCGCGCCCUGGGCGGAGAGGGUCCCCCCGCCACCCCCGAGGCCCAAGACUUCCCCGAGAGCUCGGAGCUGGACGACGACACGGCCGAGAGACUGUCCACCCGCCUCAGCGGCACCCUCAGCUUCACCGACACCGACGAGGAGGACCGGACGGCCCCGGGUGACCACGGCCACCACGACGACGACGACGACGACGACGAAGGCCGGGACCCUCUCGGCUCAGGGGCGGCCGCCACAGAGGACGGAGAGCGGGGGGCCGCCCUCCUCACCCGCCGGCUGCGGGGCCUGUGGAGGAGGUCGCGCGGCAGCCACGUGCCCCAGCGCCCGCUCUUCGAGGUGACCGGCGCCAACGUGGUCAGCGAGCCCCCCUCCAAGUACGUGCUGUACACCGUCGCCCUGAGACGGCCGGGCCCGGCGGAGCGGCCCCCGGCCCAGGUCUCCCGCCGCUACUCGGACUUCGAGCGGCUUCACCGCCGGCUGCGGCGCCAGUUCCCGGGGCCCAUGGCGGCCGUGUCCUUCCCCCGCAAGCGCCUGCGGCGCAACUUCGCGGCCGAGACCGUCGCCCGCCGCAGCCGGGCCUUCGAGCGCUUCCUGGGCCACGUGCAGGCCGAGGCCCAGCUGCGUGGGGCCGCCGCCCUCCACGACUUCUUCCUGCUGCCCGAGCUGCACCGCGCUCAGCGCUUCACCUGCACCGGCCUCUACCGCGAGGCCCUGGGCCUCUGGCACAACGCCCGCCAGCUGCAGGCCGGGCUGGGCCCCGGGCCGGCGGGCCCCGGGACGCCGGGCCCCGGCCGCGCCCUGCUGGCCCUGGCCGGCCUGGCCGUGUGCCACCAGGAGCUGGAGGAGCCCGGCCGGGCCCGGGCCUGCUGCGAGCGGGCCCUCCGCCUGCUGGGCCCCGGCGCCCGCCACCCGCUGCUGGGGCCCUUCCUGGAGGCCCACGUCCGGCUGUCCCGGCGCCUGGGCCUCGACGGGCGGCCGUCCGAGGCCCGGCUGCUCGCCCUGCAGGACGCCGGCCUGGUGUCCGUCCCGCCCCCCAGCCUCAAGGAGCUGCUCAUCAAGGAGACGCUCGACUGAGGACGGGCCGGGGGGCGGGCACCAGGAGCUGCUCGACUGAGGACGGAUGGAUGGA